UCACGCGAGGGUUUUUCGGUUUGAAGCGUUACAACGUGGUUAGCUGGAAUGUCGUGGUUGUUUGGUCUAAGCAAACAAACGUCGAAAGACUUCGAUAUUCCAAGCGAUGUUCCGCCACCGCCGGUCCCACCUACAGGUUUACAAGAGAAAAAACAAUCUAAAGAUACAGCGUCUGCUUACCGAUUUGAUUCAUCAGCUCUUGAAAGAGCUGCUAAGGCAGCUAGAGAACUUGAAUCAUCCAAACACGCAAAGGAAGCUUUCGACCUGUCUCAAAAACAUGAACAAACUUUACAGAUGGAAUAUCAAUCUAAAAUGAAGGAGUAUGAACUUGGGCUUGAACAAAUUAAAAUACAGCAAUAUAGAGCUCAGCAGGAGGAACGGAGGAAAACACUUGAGGAGGAGGCAAAAAUACAGAAGCAGCGUGCCGAUUAUCAAGAUAUGUUAGCUCGUAAGCGUCAAGAAGAUCAAAUAGCCUUACAGGCUAAAGCUCAAGCAGAAAACCUCAAAAAACAGGAAGAGUCUGUACAAAAACAAGAAGCAAUGCGUAGAGCAACGAUUGAAUUUGAAUCGGAUAUUCGGCAUAAAAAUGAGAUGAAACAGAUAGAAGCAAAAAUACGAGGCGAAGCCGAGGUUGAACGAGAAAAUCGUGAGCUGCGCCUGGAACGUGCUCGUGUUGAUGCCCGAGAGUAUCGCCAAACGGUUUUAGAAUCCAUAACUACCGCUGGCUCGGUUAUUGGUAAUGGUAUCAGCAGUUUUCUUUCCGAACCUGACAAGGUGGCCACUGUCAUUGGUUCGUUAACAUUGUUAGCUGGCGGGAUAUAUGGGGCUAAAUAUGGAAUCGGAACACUGACUAAAGUUGUAGAAUCUCGUAUAGGAAAACCGGCGCUUGUGCGUGAAACUUCCCGACUAAAUAUUGUGGAUACAUGUCGUCACCCUGUCAAGACAGUCAAAACGGUCUUUCAACGUCCGACAGAUCCACUGGAAGGUAUAAUUUUGCGACCAGAGUUGGAAGCAUCCCUGAGAAAAAUAGCAAUUGCAACUAGACAUACAAAAGCGAAUAACGGCUUUUAUCGAAAUAUCUUAAUGGCAGGCCCUCCUGGUACCGGUAAAACUAUGUUUGCAAAGAGUUUGGCUAUGCAUUCUGGUAUGGAUUAUGCUAUUUUGACUGGUGGAGACAUUGCACCUAUGGGCAGUGAAGGAGUAACUGCUGUUCACAAAGUUUUUGAAUGGGCGAAAACUAGUCGCAAAGGAGUUUUACUAUUUGUGGAUGAAGCUGAUGCAUUUCUUCGUAAAAGAGACCAAGAACGGAUAAGUGAAGGUGUUCGAGCAACUUUAAAUGCAUUUUUGUACAGAACUGGAGAACAAUCUAAGAAAUUUAUGUUAGUGUUAGCCAGUAACCAACCGGAACAGUUUGACUGGGCAAUUAAUGAUCGAAUGGAUGAAAUUGUUCAGUUCACACUACCUGACUUAGAAGAGCGUGAACGAUUGAUCAGACAUUAUUUCGAUCUUUUCCUUCUUCAACCUUCAUUAACCAAAAAUCAUCGUAUUCGCUUAGCCGAAAACAUAAAUUAUACUGUAAAAUGUGCAGAGAUUGCUAAAAGGACUACUGGCCUCUCUGGACGCGAGAUUUCCAAAGUUGCAGUUGGAUGGCAGACAGCUGCAUAUUCCAGUGAGGACGGUGUCCUAACAGAAGGUAUGAUGGAUGCUGUUGUUGACAGUGCUGUUGCAGCUAACCGCCAAAAACAAGAGUGGCGACAUUACAGGCUUCCAGAUACGAUAGAAGCUGUCUCAAACUAGUAUCACAUACACCAACAAAGCUGCUGUUGUAUUACGCAUUUCAUCUCCCUAUCAUUUAAUACUUCAUACUUUAUAUGUAUGAUUUCCUAUGUACUUUAUCACUACUUUUUGAGAUAAAAUCAAAUAGCUUUCCCAGUCAGAUAUAGCAUAAUACUGUUGAUUGAUUUUUAUGUUUAGCAAGGUUGUUUUUUUACGUCAUGAACUGACAGUAAGACAUUCUUACAAAACCACUUUCGGCUCUGUGAGUACUUCAAUGAUCCUUUACUGUGUAUACUAGGCUAAAUACUUUGAAAUAAAUUUUCUUAGUCUAACUCAUUCAGAGUGAGAACAGAUUUUGUUCA